CGAAACUUCCGGCGAUCUGGGCUCUCGUGCAGAGAGAGGGAUUCCAAGAAAAAGAGAUUUUAUCGACUAUUUUGACUAAUACAUAGAAGUUUGCUGCUGACCAUGGUUUCAGCUUGAUGUGCCAAUGGAGGACGAAUUUGACGAAAUCGAGCAGCGUAAUGGCUGGCAGAUGGCCUUUAUGAAAAUAAAGAUUACUGCUGGCCAGUAUGACUAUAGUAUUCAAGAUGCUAAAAAAGCAGAGAACAGACCAAGAAAUCGUUAUAGAGAUGUCAGUCCCUAUGACCAUACCAGAGUAAAGCUCAAACGAGCUGACAAUGACUAUAUCAAUGCUUGCUUAGUGAAAUCUCCAGAAGCUAACAGAUCUUAUAUUCUCACUCAGGGACCACUGCCUUCUACUUCGGGACACUUUUGGUUGAUGGUAUGGGAGCAAAGAUCCAAAGCAGUUGUCAUGUUAAAUAAUGUUAUUGAGAAAGGCACGAUCAAAUGUGCUCAGUACUGGCCAUUAGGAGAGGAGAAUGGAGGUGAUGAUAUCAUCACGUUUGAAGAAGAACAAAUUCGUAUUGCCUUAUUAGAUGAAGAUGUCAGGUCAUACUAUACGCUUAGGACGUUACAGAUUGAAGACAUGGUGUCGGGUAAUACGAGAGAUAUAUUUCAUUUCCACUAUACGACCUGGCCAGAUUUCGGACUGCCAGACUCGCCAGCAGCAUUCUUGAAUUUCUUAUCUGCUGUUCGUGACUCGGGUUCGCUCAGUGCUGACGUUGGACCACCAGUACUUCAUUGCAGUGCUGGUAUCGGCAGGUCUGGUAUGUUUUGUAUGGUGGAUGCCUGCCUUGUUAUGGUCGAGAAAAAUCAAGACAUGGACAAUAUAGAAGUACAAAAUAUUCUUUUAGAGAUGAGGCGGUAUCGGAUGGGAUUAAUACAAACGCCGGAUCAGUUACGAUUUACGUAUCUGGCCAUAAUAGCCGGUGCUAAGACGAUUCUUAAACAUGGUCGUUUGGAACUACCAACAUGUGAGAAUAAUGUAGGUGUCAGCGCCAAUAGUAAUAAUGACAGUGAACCUGAAGCCCCACCACCCCCUAUUCCACCAAAGAAAUCACGUAGUCAAGAAUUUCGGGAUAAAGCCUCAAAAGAAACAGUAUCCCCAGUUAAUGUGAAGGCUGAAAAACCAAUAGUUAAUACAGAAACAGACGAUAUUGCGAAAAGGGAGCAUGAAAUCAGGAAACGGAAGAGAGAAGAAAAAAGACACAGUAUGGAGGAAAGAUUAUCCAAAAUGAGGAAAAAACAACACGACAGUGAAAUUUGGAAAAAGCAAAGGUCUUUACUACAGUAUAUUGGCAUUGGUGUAGUCGUAGUCACUGGUGUAUUUCUCUUAUAUAAAUAUUAUUUCUAAAAAAAAAAAAAA